AUGGCAGAGCCUAGCAAAAAAUUAAAGAAUCCAACGCUGAAUUCCCCUUUAUUUUCAAUAAUCCCAUCUCCCACAAGCAAACUCCUAAGCCCAAAAACUCUAACAAAACUGAUAAAGCCCCUUCAUCGUCGUACCCAAUCAGACUUCAUUAAUCCUUAUCUAGAUCGUCGAGAUCUAAAGAGUUUAAAGGCUUCCAACAAAUUAUUAACACGGCAAAACAGCCCUCAAGAGACAAAAAACACACCGCAAGUCCCCAAAAAAUCCAGGCUAACCUCUACAGUAAAACCAAAAGCUCAAAUAAAAACCAACAAAAUCGUUAAGACUUCUAAACCAGCGAAUAAGCCUGCUACCAAGCUCACAGAACUUCAGGGAGAGCCUGUAUUUAAAGCACCUAAAUUAUAUGCCAACCAAUUUUUUACUGAUGUCUACGACAUUGAUGGAAAUCAUGACAGAAUUUUUGAUAUUGAGGACUCAAUAGAGAUUUAUCACGAAGUUGGAGGAGAUAAAAGAACCUCUGACUCCCCCCCUUUAAAUUGGAAACAAAAAAUUUUGCUUCAAUUUAAAGGAGGGUUUAUUUUUUUUUUAAAAAAAAAAUUUUCCAAAACUUAUCGAAUUAGAUUAAUAAAUUUGUUUAUAAAAUGCUAUUUACUCUUUAUCCUUUAAAACAAAGCAAGAUAUAACUAAAUUUUCAUUAUUAGUUAAUACGUCACUAUUAAUUGGUAUAAAAAUUAUUUACACAAAAAUUAUUAUGUUUAUUGAUAAAAAAAAUUAAAAAAUAAAAAUUUUAAAAAAUUUAUCGAUCAAAGUGAUAAUUUUGUUUGAAUAAGAUGCUAUUUAUACUCUAUUCUUUAAAAUAAAGCAAGAAAUAAGUAAAUUUUGAAAAUUUUAUAAAGAAUUCGCAUUGAAUUUAUAUCAAAACUAUUUAAAUAAAAAAUAUAAUUUUUAUAUCAAAAAAUAAAAAUUUUUUGAAAAAUUUUUAAAAACAUAAAUUGUUUUUUUUUAAAAUUUAGCAAUUAAGGAUAAUAAAUCUAUUUAAAUAAUAUGCUCUUUGCACUCUCUUCUUCAAACAAGAGCAAGAUAUAACUAAAUUUUUAAUUUUAGUUAAGAAGAAACAUUUAACUUAUAUCAAAACUUUUUACAUAAAAAUUUUUAUUAUAAAAUUAAAUUUUGUUCCAAUUUAAAGGGGGGUUAAUUUACCAAAAAAGUGGAAAUUUUACCUAUAUUUUGUUCCAAUUUAAAGGGGGGGAGUGAGCCUUGCGUGAUCUUUAAUAUUUCAACUCUUGAAAAAGCCAAGCAGUUGCCUAAAGUCCCAUUCAGGGCACCUGAAAAUAGCUAUGCAGAGGAAUCUAGAGAAAUGCCUGAAAAAUUGCCAAAUAGGGGUUCCAUUGGAGACCAACUGAGGUUCAAACUUGAUAAAAUGCUAAAAGACCAGGAUCAAGACUCUCAGAGUGAGGAAACCACAAGUGUAAGUGGAGGCAAAUCAAGGGUGUAA